ACGCGAUCAGGCUUUGUGCCAAUUUGCGUUGCAGCGUUUUGGAUUGUUUCAUGACAUCUCCUUCUCGCUCAACAACUCACCGACUACUCUACCGCGGCUCUCUGUCUCUUCCUGACUCGGACCUGUCGCUAGAUGGUCUCACAUUUUCCGCCAAGAUCAAUGCUGAACACAACUUGCUCGAAAAUCCUUUGGCUUUGGCUUUGGAAAGUAUGCGUGGAAGGCCAACAUUACGAUUUAUGGGCGUCACAAGCUUGAAAGAGAUACACAUGGAUGACAGUGGUGACAUUGCACUUGAUAUCCACCCUGACGCUGUACUUUCACGAAUCUACUUUGAAAACAUGUUCUGUUUACCGUCGACAUCCGAUGAUACGUUGGGCAUUAGGAUAGCGCUAGGAGAUAGUGGUGCUGAUCCAGAUACAACCCAAAUCAUUGUCUUUCCCAAAUCAAUACUAGGCGAAUAUGAUUCAGCAGGAUCACUCCGUGUAUUAUCAGUCGCUCGAAUUACUCCCAUGCCUGUAAUCAAAUCACGGCUUCCACGACCUGAUGAUCCUACACCGCGUAAACCGCCAUCAGCGCCUUUUGGGAAAGCUCUCGACCUACGUAGAGUCGCGAGCUUCAAUGCCUCCAGUGACUUGGCCCGGAAGCGACAGAAAGUAGAAGGAUCUAUCGCUAACCUUGGUAGCGACGUCCGUCUGGCGCACAAACUCACACCAGAAGGAACGUUCAAAAUACCUCCCCUACCCGAUAAAAACGCCAAGCUCAAUGGUAGUAAAGCGAAGGAGAAGGACAAAGGAAAGGGGAAGGCUACGACUUUAGACGAUGUUUUCGGGUCUGAGAGUUUAGUGGAGGGUAGUUCUGGUGGUGCUAAGCGAAAAGCUGAGAACAAGGGAAAGAGGAAGCGGGAAAAUGAAGGUGGUACGAUUGAUGAGACACUGCAGGAAACGGAAAACAAAAAUCGUAUCAAACGAUCUGUUGUUCAUCAUCUGGCUAAGUGUCUUAUACCGAAAACACAUCCGGAGUUCAGGGAUAUCUACCACUACGCCUAUCAUGGAUCCGCCUUUGCUCUGGUGCGUUUAAUGCUCCACCGGAUCAGCGUCAUAUUGACCUGUCGCUCAGCGUUCCGAUAUGAAAACGCGUCCAAUCGAAGAGAAUUUGAUGGAACGUCUAGUGUUGAAUCACCUAGGAAUGUACACAAGGCAAGUGCCACAAGUGUCCUAUCCUGACGAACCUGGCCACAAUUUACGACCAUAAUUUGACGCAUAAUCACGAGUACUUCUCUCGAUCACCCUAUCCGCUUCGACUGGCCUUCAUACCCUUCCCACUUCGGUAGCUCGUCGUUGAAGUCCAACAUCCUUGUCGCAUAAAACAUAUGCGCCGUCGGCU